UUCGGCUGUUUUCGAAGCAGAUUAGGAAGCAGUCAUCAUCUGUGGUAGUCUCAUCUGGCCGGCUCCAUGGCAAAACAAGACCUCUUUAUGUAUUUGUAUUUAUUUUCUGUCAUUUUUCUGCAGCUCUCUUUGUCUUCUGAUCAAGUGCCUGCUGUUGUGGAGAAAAGUUUAGGGGGGCCCACCUCCCAAGAUGUCAGGGUUCAAAACAAUGGAUUGGCUUCACAGAGCCACAGUGCUGCUUCCGAUGGGGAGAGUUCUUACCCUCUCAGAAGAGUGCUGCAGCUGGACUCCCCACACAGAACCAAACGGAGGCUACUGCAGACAUCGAGCACUCUUCCUUACUCUCCUCUGAGCGUGGUUUACAAUGGAAAAACAUGUAUACUGUUUAGGGCCAGGAAGCUUGCUAUCAGGUUCAGGAACAGCACCUUAGUGGAUCUCACAGAGAAGGCAUUCGGCCCCGAUGCACCGGUUGACACCAAAGGCUCUAUGUGCAGCAAAGACAAAGCUACGCUUGUACUACGUUUCGGAGAUGUGGAGGACUUGAGAGGACUUGCCAUAAGGCUACAGAUGUCCAACACAUUCUACGAGUCGGCAGGGCAGAACUGGUUUACUCUGGACAGCGUACACAUCCACUACAACUGGACCCACGAGGCUACGUUCAAUGCCACCGACGUGUACGCUCCUAGUACCUACUCCUACCACUGUCAACACGUCAGCAGUCUGCAGAAGUAUGACACGCUGCUUGUACCAAGCUCAAUCACAGACAACUCUGCAAACUGGCACAUCACCUUCACAGACUUCCAGAUACAAUCGUUCAACGUACUGUCCAACAAGUUUGCCUCAGCCAGCGACUGCGCUACGUUCUUCACUCCGGCUAUCCUCAUGGGUCUGAUCACCUCACUCAUCCUCCUCCUGGUCCUGGCCUACGCUCUGCACAUGGUGGUGCACCUCAAACACAUUGACACCUACGAAGAACACAAGACUACUGUCUACUUCCCUCGCAGCUCAGAGACUGCAGAAUGCACCGGCGCCACCGACUCCACCGCCACUGAGAAAAACAGCUUGUAGGACGUUUCCCAGGAUCCACCUCAGUCUCCACCACUAGGAGUAUAGACCGUUUCUGUAGUUGUCAGAGAGUGACUGUGCAGGGGCUCUGACUGAGACCCCUGAUGGCUGGCAGACCGACUGAUUGACUGACUCAACUCUAGAUAUAAAGAAACCUCCCAUAAUGAAGGACAUGGUCAUGUUGCCUGGACUUGAUAAGGUCGUCCACUCUGGCAUCGCUGGGCUCAGGCAGUGGUUGUCCAAGCCCAGUAGAUCUAAUACUUUGGGGCUCAGCAUCAUCUGGUGGAUUUGGAUACAACUUUGGAGGACACUGAU